AUGACUCAACCCGACUCGCCGUCAGACGACGAGUCGCCUGUGACCGAAGGCGCUCCAACAGCAGCGGCCUUUGCAGAAACCAUACUCGAGAGGAUGGCGCAGAAAGACGCCGCCCAAAAGGCGACGACCGAGCAACUCGCCGAAACCUUAAAAACCCCAUUUUCCCGGAAGAUCACCGACGUACAUUACCGGCCGACCGAGAAAAUUCGCCUUCCGAAUUACGCCGGAAAGAUGGACCCAACCGACCACAUCACUGCGUUCAACAUCACGAUGGGUCGAACCAACUUCUCUGAAGAAGAAAGAGACGCUGGCUACUGUCGUCUCUUCGUGGAAAGUCUUCAAGGACCAGCCCUCGGAUGGUUCACUGGAUUGGAGCGCGACUCUAUCAACAAUUUCCACGAUCUGACGACUGCGUUCCUCAAGCACUACAUCAUGUUUACAAGACAAGGAGCAACUCUGUCCGAUUUAUGGAAUCUAUCUCAAGGAUCGAGCCAAAGCCUCCGCGACUUCAUGGAAAAAUUAAAAGCAAUCACUUCAAAAUUCCAAGUACUCGACAGCGUUGCCGUCGACGCACUGAUGAACACUCUCUAUUUCAAGUCCUUGUUUCGCGAGGAUCUUUACAGAAAUCCAACCACUUCGCUCCAGGACGCAAUCGCCAGGUCAAACAACUUCAUCCGAAUGGAAGAAGACACAGCGGCGAUACUUAAGAAACUGAACACGGCAACCAAACCGGCAACUGUCCCCAAAGUUCCUGAGGCACGCCAGGAACCUCGUCAGCACGCCUCGGGCAGUAAACCUAACCAGCCGAAAAGUUUCGUCUACGUGGUUGAAGACAAAAACGCGUCCCCACAGCCCACUGUCGUUGUACGCGAAAAAGGUUGGAAUGUCUGGGAAAACGACCUAAAUGCGCAAACCUCUUCGACACCUCCGGCGUCAAGUCCUGGACCAGCUGAGCCAAACAUGUGGUGUAGCUUCCACAAGUCUAAGGCACAUAAUACAAGGAACUGCAGGCAUUUGUUAGACACCCUCUUCUCGUCGUACGAAAAGGGAACGUCAAACGUCGAACUCCCUAAGCCUAGGCCGAACGGCACCAAGAGCUGGAGCAAAAACAAAGAAAAGAAAACUCACAAGAAUCAGGAUAAGUGUGGAAACCGGCCAAAGCAUACUGAGGAUGACAAGCCAGAAGA